AUGGAAUACGAAUUGGCGCGCGGCCCAUUCGAGUACGGGGGCACGGUGACGGUCAGUGUGAAAUUGCCCCCUCCAGAGGUUGAAGCUCACGAAGCUCAUCCGCUGCCGGAUUUGCGCACGUUUCCGAAGCCGGUGUCUCCACGCCAACAUCUCAAAUCCAAAGCGAAAGUGGACGGUGGGAUCGACAUGAGCCCUUUCGACAUACCGAGAGAAGGGGCAGGCUCAACCAGCAAAGGUGGCAGCGAUACGACCCAGCCUCGCACAAGGUCAGGGUCGUCAUUUGAAGGAAAAAAUGGAAAAACGCCUCCGAAGCCCAUCUGGAUGCCUGUCAUCAAUGGUCCCGGGGGCUCUGGCUUUGGUUUGACGAACGAGAUUGAGAAGAUGGUGACCUUCCAACCAAAAGGGGUGCAAGACGUCAAAGUUGGGUCAAUGAGCCCACUGCCGAGCUUCGGCCCCGACUGGUUCACUUCGAAGCUGCCCGGAACCCUCCCACCGCGUCCCUUGCCCGCCUGCGCAUUUGGCCUCCCCCCCGCCCCCCCAGGGCUGAUAGCCCAGAUGCCCGAGCUGGCCACGGUGUCCCCCGGCGUGGCAGCCAUGGUGGCAGAGGCCCUCCGGGCUCCACCCCUCACGACCCCAGGGAUGCCGCCACCACCCCAGUCCGUGCUAGCGAUGCCCGUGCGAUGCGGCAGAACGUCGAUGGUUCCUCGCUGUGGAGGCCCUUGGAUUUCGCGAGCGGCUCCAGCAGUGAACGCUGCCCCUGCAGUCUACGGCGGAAACCUUUGCCGCGUGGCCUGCUAA